UUGGGCCUUUGCAUACCUGCUGUUUACGUUUUACCAUCUCGAGCUGUGCCUCCGCGCUAAUGGGAUCAUAUGCAUACCGUUUCACGCCUUUUAGCUGAUGUCCUUACCUCCUCACGGCCAGAUAUACAACGCUCCGAGGAUGCAAUUACGAGACACUGUUCAUUGCGUUGGAUUGGUCUCGACUCGAUGCGACACUUUAUAUCAAACAACGCUUCGACUGCAACAUCUCCUCCCUUCAGCUGCUGCGUCUAAACGGAUUGAUUGCUUGGGCCUACUUUGCUCUAUUCCUCCACCACGCACUCGCUUUAAUGAACGUACGGCCAGGCGGCUUUUUUCUUCCCUCUUCUCUCUCCUCUUUUCGUCGGGACCUGCUCCACUACAGAUUGCGUUUCUCCCUCUCUUCUUUUUUUUCCUUUUGUCGCGGGCUGGGAUACCUACAUGGGCAUUUUUUUGUUGCUUGGUUUUUUUUUUUUUUUUUUUUUUUUUUUUUUUUUUUUUUUAUGCGCGCUCUCCAGACUCUCGCACUCUGCACUGCAUUGCCUGCUGCUGCUGCAUGCAUCGUCGCCGCCGCCGUCGUCUUUCCCAUCUCCAAACGGGGUUUCUCUAUGUCAGUUGCUGCGGCUCUUUGCGUUUGUCAAUUUUUUUCGCGGCGCCUGCCGCGCCGUGCCGUGUUCCUGGCUCCUGGUCCCUGGGCGGGUCGCGUGCAUGCGGCUCGGCUCGGCUCGGCUCGGCUCGAUGGGUAGUGCGGGCGGUGCGCGAGGCGGGCGGUUCGCUUCCUCGCUGCUGCUGUUGUUUCUGUUGUCGGGUUUCUGGGUCUCUCUCGUCUCUCAUCGUCGUCGUCGUCGUCUUCCCUUUUGCUAUAGUUUCAGGCACGGAGUUCGGCUUGCUUUGCUUGCUGGCUGGCAUUGCUUCUUCUUCGCCUUCUGUUGCUUGCAUCAUCCAUGGCCGGCUCAAGCUUCGGGCGCGGGGCGUGCAGACUCAUGCCCCCUUGGCUGCGGUGCGGCGGGCAAAAGUCGCUGCUGCUCUGGUGCUGGUGUGCAUGGCGCGGUUGAGAUUGAUUGAUUGAUUGGACUGCCUGGCUAAGUGGCUGUGGUGGAAGGGAAGCCGUAUGGGAUGGGAUGGGACGGGAUGGAUGGAUGGAUAGGUGGUGGAGGCAAUGCUGCUGCUACUACUGCUGCGCGCAGCUCAGAUCAGCGCAGUGCAGUGAGGUGGAGGUGGUGGAGGUGCAGAUAGAAAGUACGGAGGCAGGUAGUUAAUGCAGGCAUGAUGGAUGCGACUAGC